CUGCAAUCAAUCUCAGACACCUGUGAUCAUCAGUUUACCAGGUUUUGUUCUUCCUCUUUACUCCCAGGAGUCACCAGGAGAGGGCGGCGAUGGCGUCUCGCCAUCCCUGUGCAGCAUCUCCUCCUCCGGCGCAGAAAAAGACGGAGCAGCUGCUUCUCACAUCCCAGCCUUUGCUCUGUCAUCCCCCUCCUCCUCCUCCUCCUCCUCCUCCCCUCAGGAAGGGGAGCACCACACCCUGUCAGCCAAUCAGAGCCCAGCUCCUCCUUCUCCAUCACAUCAUCUCAGUUUCCAAGUGGGAUUGCCACAACAUCAGACACCUCCUCACUCUCUCCCUCUCUGUGCAUCUUCUACCGUCCGACACCCAGGAGGAGAAGAAGACAUGGACUAAAAGAGGAAGAGAAGAAGAGAGAUGUGCUUUCUCUAAUGAAGCUCGGCUGCCUGCAUCAGGAACCUGAACCUCUCUCACCCUCUCUCUCACCAUGAGCAUCGCCGCUCUGUCCCCCAUGGCCCCUGAGCCCCCCUCCCCGAUGGUCACCUCUGUCACCCCAACCCUGGACCCUGACACCCCCGCCUCUCCCACACCUGCCGGCGACGAUGAUGUCACUAACGCCCCCCUUAGCCCUGACAUGGACCAUCAGUCCCAGGACGGGGCCUUGUCACCUGGCCAAGGCCCCAGCCGAGGCAUGGGGCGAGACCCCUCCAGAAGGUCAAAGAAACCUCCGCCUCUCCACACCGGAGCGGACUGGAAGGUCGUCCUCCACCUCCCAGAGAUCGAGAAGUGGCUGAGAGCGACCAGCGACAGAGUCACGCAGCUCACGCACUCUGUGGGACAGGACGGAGACAACAGACACGUGGACGUCCACCUGGUGCAGCUCAAGGACGUCUGUGAGGAUAUCUCGGACCAUGUGGAGCAGAUUCACGCCCUGCUGGAGACCGAGUUCUCCCUGAAACUCCUGUCCUACUCUGUCAACAUCAUCGUCGAUAUCAGGACGGUGCAGCUGCUUUGGCACCAGCUCAGAGUCUCAGUUCUGGUCCUGAAGGAGCGUCUGCUGCAGGGCCUGCAGGACUCCAACGGGAACUACACCCGCCAGACCGAUAUCCUGCAGGCCUUCAGCCAGGACCAACACCAGACUCGUCUGGACGCUCUGACUGAGGUGGAUGACUGCGGUCAGCUGACCAUCCGCUGCAGCCAGGACUACUUCUCUUUAGACUGCGGCAUCACCGCCUUUGAGCUGAGUGACUACAGCCCCGGAGACGAGCCCGAGGCCCCCGAAGCCGAGGACCCCGCCCAGGAUCAAACCAAAGACUGUAACCCUGAAGCAGAGCCAGAGGAGAGAGGAGGAUCCUCAGACCAGGAACACAGAAACACUUUACCCGAUCUCACCUCGCCUGCUGACUCAAACAACCACAACCUCUCUACAAAAGUAUUACCCACAAUGCAGUGCAGCAUGCCCAGCCACAGUGAGAGUGCAAAGCGCCCCCUGCAGGGCGGGAGCCGCAGCACCGAGGUGUCGCCCACACAGCCGUCUCUUCCAAAGAGAGUGGCGCUCUUCUCAGCCGGAGGAGGCGGGGCGGAGGACCAGGGGAGUCCGGGCUCGGGGCUGCAGGUUCAGGCCGAGCUGAGCCGGAGCACCCCCUCCCUCAUGGACCCUCCAGACAGGUCCAAGUUCUGGUUGGAGCUGGACUCAGUCUAUCCAGAGAAUGUCUCACAGUCUGCAGAGAGUCUACAGGUCAUGAGCGGGCGUCACCAGAGAAAGCACGCUGGCUCCAAACAGGGAGGACGCCUACAGGGGAGAGUGCAGAGACUGCCGACUGACCCGAAGAGCUCAUCCCGGGUCAGGCUGACUAGCAGCGGACCCCCGCCUCGCCGAGAUCCGGCGUCUCAGGAUGAAAUAUCAACACAAAUGGAAAGGACGCAGAAGGAGACACAUACACACGGUGAGGGGGACUCUGACUCCUCAUUACCCUCCCCCAUGAGGGAGCAGUUCCUCUCCUCCGACAUGGAGGCGUCUGGAGAGGAGUCAGACCCCCGGCCGUGUCCACGCAAGGCGGCGGUCUGGAUCGUGAGGCACCAGGGGCAGAAGGGGCCCCAGGUUUCAUCUAAAGACAGCCCGGACAGAGAGCACUGGUACGGCUCAGAGGAGUUCCUCGCACUCCCCGCUCAGCUCAGGAAGACGGAGAUGCUCGCUAUGAAGCUGGAGAAUCUGACUCAGUCAAUCCCACUGAGACCUGCAGGCUGUGAUUCUACCCAGGAUGCUUUGCAGGAUGUGGAUGACUGGGAUCUGACAGAGCUCAAUCAAGACUGGGAUGUAGGUGAAGGGGAGAGUGGGGACAGCAUUCCCUCUCAUCUUCCACCUCUGCUCCCAUAUAGAAGAAACCUGGUCAGCCGCUUUAGCCCCACCUCCUCCAGCGAUAUCGCACCCUCAUUGGAUGAGAGCAUUGAGUCUGGUCCGUUAAGCGACCUUCAGUCUGAAGACGAGGAGGGACGACGGUCUACAGAACGCUGCCUGCAGCAGACAGCGCCCCCAGUGGAUGUUCGUGGAGGUGUGUCGAUGGUGCAGCGGCUGCUGGAGGACAUUCAGAACCAGGACAGAGACCCCGACGUCUGGAACAAGAUCGAGUGCUUCGUGCAGCAGUUGGACGGGUUCAUCUUGUGGCUGCAGGAGGCGCUGGACAGCACCGAGAACUGGACGCAGCCCAGACAGGAGCUGGACAGCCUGAGGGUGUACCUGGACACACACCUGAGUUUCAAGCUCAACGUGGACAGUCACAGCGCCCUGAAGGAGAGCAUCAUGGAGGAGGGCAGAGCGCUGCUCGCUGUCAUCACCUCCCACCAAUCAGGUCUGAAGGAAAUCCUCCAUAUGGUCUCCAGCCAAUGGGAUCAGCUCCAGCGGCAGAUCAGGCGCCAACAUGGCUGGAUGCUCCGCGCCCUCCGCUGCAUCCAGGCCCGCCUCCUUUACACCAGCCAAUCGUACGAGACUUUCCACGUUUUGGGAGACCCGUCGGCCAAUCGGCAGGCUCCGUGCCCAGCUGACACCCUCCAGGCUGAGCUGAUGUCCAGUCAGUGUGAAGCCCAGCGAGCCGCCCUCGAGCAGAUGGCUAUCAAACUCAGAAGCCUGCAGUACCCCUCACCAGCCAACAGGAGGCACUACAGCCAGCUGGCCAGGAAUAACAGUCUGCAGGAAUUUGAGGCCGAGUACCAGGAGCUCUGGGAUUGGCUGAUGGACAUGGACGCCAUGGUGAUGGACAGCCACCAGCUGAUGAUGUCAGAGGAGCAGAGGCAUCACCUCUUCAAGAGCAGCCACGCCGAGCUGAUGAUGAUGGAGGGAAAGAAGAGCAGCCUGUUGGGACGUGCCGAGUCCCUGAAGAGGAGCGGGACCGAGCUACCCGGAGACUUCCACCGCAAGAUACACAACCUGACGCACACGUGGAGACAGCUGGAGAAAAUCCUCUCCGAGCACUCAGGACCCUCUUCAUCAGAUAAAAACCAGUCGACCAAUGCAAACUCUUUGCUGGUCGGCAGCCGCAGAACCGCUGUAGAAAACCCUCGCUCUGCCCUCUCCCCAUUGACGAACUCUCUCCUGGAGCAGCUGGAGGCUCGGAUUAAGGAGCUGAAGGCAUGGCUACGGGACACCGAGCUCCUCAUCUUCAACUCCUGCCUCAGACAAGACAAAGAGGCCGCCGAGCAGCUCCAGAGCUUCAAGUCUCUGUGUUCAGAGGUGCGAGCCCGACGCCGAGGAGUGUCCUCUGUUCUGAAACUCUGCCAGAAACUUCUGCAGCAAAGCCAGUCGGGCCCCGUGGCGGAGGUGGGCCCAGAGGCGGAGCAGCACCGGGAGGCCUUGCAGCUGCUGUCGAUCAACCUGGAGAGGAGGUGGGAGGCGAUCGUGAUGCAGGCGCUGCAGUGGCAGAACAGACUGAAGAGAGAGCUGGGCGAGCAGCAGGUACCUGGGAACUUUCUGGAGCCAGGUCUGGUUGAUCUCCACCAGAUCAGCCCACUUCCAGCGGGUCCAGUUGCACCGGCGCCUGAUGAUUCCUGGGAAUGGGAUGAAACUGAUAUGACAAUCACAGAACAAGAGUCACAAGGAGAAGCAGAGCCGGACCUCACGCAGAACCUCCCCACAGAAGAAAACCUGCCUUCUAACAGCCGUACGACCAACAGGAAUCACCCUGACGGGGUUCAGUGUGGUGACACGAUGUCAGAUGCUCAGCCUCAAACCCCCUCCUCUAACAACAACAACAUCUACCAAGUGUACAGCCUCCAUAAUGUUGAAUUAUACACCCAGCCUCUGUUUCCGCACAGUUCAGCGGCGCCUUACAAAACCAAAUCAGGCAAACGGAAACAUCACCUCCUCCUGAAGAGUCUGAGUAAGGACUCCUCUUUCUCCUCCAUUGAAUCCCUCCCAGAUCUCCUGGGGGGUUUGAUGUAUGAUGCACGAGGAGACAGAACGGUCAGGUACCAGGACAGGGAAAACGAGACAGAAUGUGGCAGAGGAAGUGGUCAGUCAGUGAACAGUCGAAGGUCAGAGAGCGAGAGCGGGAUUGUUAGUGAUACAGGAGAUGUGGAGACAACAUCCAACAACUCUGAAAUCCAAGGAGAGGAGGAGGAUCAGGAAGAUGAGAUAAAGGAGAAGAAGGAUGAAACUGAUGAUGGGAACGAUUCAGGUUUGCACAGGUACAACCAAAGAACCAAGAUGAGGUAUAACGCAAGGGAGAAGGAACGGAAGGAGGAUGGAAUGAAAGAUGACAGUAAGGAGGAGAGAAAGAGGAGGCCUAAGAGGGGAGGAGGCGAGGCGGUGGAGAUCCUAAUCAAUGGGCGUGUAAUCCUGACCCCUGCUGACUCAGACUCUGAUUUUGAAGUAGGACUGAGUGGAGACUCCCUAAAGACCCCCAUGUCUCACAGUCAAAUCACAGAAUUCAACUUUGACAAGUUCAACCGUCUGGAGUCCCCUCCUGCUCUUACUCAACGGGCACCAAGUCCAGUUUUAUCUCAGGGCUCCUCUCUUGAGUCCUUGCUGGCGCUUGGCAUCGAGUUAUUUCCCUCCAAAGACCCGCUGCAUCGUAGCGCAUCCCUCGAGAGCUGCCUGGCCCCGUGCCGUAGCAAUGAGACUGGAGGCAGCCUUGCAAGCCUUGGGGAGUUGGAAUUAGGACAGGGCAAAGAUGUAGACAGCGUUGAGGUGGAAAACAAUGAAAGUGCACAAGGGGAACCGUCGUCAGGGGAGCUGAGCCGGAGAACUCUUGACCUCCUGAAGCGCCUGGAGAACAUUCAGAGUCCCCUAGCUGCCAAGAUGACACGGAGCGUUUCUGAUAUGACGCUCCGAUGCAGCUCCCCUCAGCGGAGCAGGCUCCCUGCUUCACCUUCUCUUGGUGGUCAGAAUAUCCCUCUCUCUGGGAUGUCAGGAUCCUUCCGGAAAGGACCGCCAUCCUUGAUCAACGAGAGUUCGGCAACAGCAUCUCUGACGGAGCUGAGCAGCACUGAAGACUCGUCUCUGGGGUCCGAAGAUUUCGCUCUACUUAGAAAUCAGCGCCAACUCUUUCUGGAUCCCGCCUCAGCGGCUAACGCCAACUCAAAAUCUUGCCGCAAACGUGGACAAGGAAACAGCCAAGGAGGGCAGGGGCUGGAUGAAGCUGAUGCAGCCAGUUUGAGUUUGGUGGUUAAUGUCUCGUGUACGUCAGCAUGUACAGACGAAGACGAGGACGACAGCGACCUCCUGUCUUCAUCAACACUCACUCUCACCGAGGAGGAGCUCGGUGUUCGGGAUGGAGAGGAUGAAGAAGAGGAGAGGUUGAGCUGUGUCUCCUCUGGGAAUGAUGAUGACGACGAUGAUGAGGAGGAAAUGGAGGGGUCUUACAUUCUGGGGCUGGAGUAUAUGAAGAGGGAGCUUCAGAGUUGGAUGAGAUCGCCCAAAAACUCGUCUUCCUCGUCUAAAACAGAGGCAGGGCUGUGGGAUGAGCUGCAGUGUGGAACCCACCCGUCUUCCCCCUUUACCUCUCAGAACAGGGAGCAAACCUGCUUUCAGACUCACUCAGUGGCAAAAUUAGUGGAAAACAGCAGCACAAGUGGCAACAAUCGAGACAAGAUGGAGAAAGAGGAAGAGGAAAACCGAAGGAACGCGACAAGAAGCUACAUCAGCCAGUUUGUGGACGAUGUGGAGAACGGAAAUGUGGACCAGAGCUGUUUAAAAGGAAAAGACGAAGACGAUGAACUCCUCCGAGAAGAGUCCAGCGUGUUCACAAAGAAAGGGGAGUCGCUGAGAGACUCCUACCUGUAUGCAAAAACAGGAGAGUCAGUCGAAGACGUCAACGACUUGAUUGUAAAGAUGGACUCAAACUCUGUAAAGGAGUUUCCUUCAUCGCCGUCUUGUGAGCUCCUUCCCUUCUCAUCCAAACAUACCUCCUCUUUAGUGGGCCAGCUGAGAGGGGAGCUGCCCUGCCACAGCUCCUCCCUCCCCUCACCUCCCUCCCUGUCCCCUCUGGAGGAAUGCAGAUCCCACGAUGAUUUGCAUGGUAAUAGCAGGCAGGCAGCUUCUGGACGCAAGGCCAUCACCAUUCAGGAAAAAUUUAAGUUUUCAUCCUUAGUAACAGAGGAGACGAGACAGGGCGUCAGAGACAAAAAGACGUCCCUGCCCCCCAAAAGACGACACAGCUCUCACUCCUCCUGCUGCAACCAACUCUCGUCCCCCUCUAACCCCCGACCAGGCAGCACAGAGGAGGGCAAGAAGGAGAAUGUGCAUGACUUUGUAAGGGACAUUAUUGACAUGACGUCUCUGGCACUGAAGAGCAAAGAGAAUCAGCCUGAUGAGCAGAAACACGUCCAGAACAGUGGGUCCAUCCAAGACCAAGGUCCUGCAUCACUGGCACAGAUCAGAGACAAGGUCAUCGAGCACUCCCACCGGCCCCUCCACCUGCGUAAAGGAGACUUCUACGCCUACCUGUCUCUCUCCUCCCAUGACAGCGACUGUGGCGAGGUCAGUCAGUGCUCCGAGGACAAAAGCUCCACGCCGCUGCCCUACAGCAUCCCCACUUAUAUCACCCCGACUCAAGGCCUCCACAGCCCCAGCCCCGAGCUGUUUACGAGCACCAACCACCACGUAACAUCCCCGUCCUCCAGACACUCCCUCCUCUCUAAGAGUAACUCCAUUGCUGUUGAUUUGAACGCUUCUGAGUGCCAAACUAAAGAGUCCACGAGCCCCUGUCUCUCUGUGCCCACCAGCCCAGACAUCAGAGACGAGGAGAUGCUGUUUGCAGCCUGUACAGAGGAGGUUUAUCUGGGCCCUCCUCUCUGCUACAGCAUGGUGCUCAACAAGAAGUCAAGACGUGUUCAUGGUUACGAACUGGACAGUCUAGCUAGCUUGCCUUGUCUGCAACCAAAUGAUAAUCUUCAAAACUCGUCUCAGGAGGGGCCCAGUAUCAGACCAGGUGAUGGUCUGGGCUACCUGUCCCCUUCGGCGGGGUCAGAGGUGGAAAGAGAGCAUGAUCAGCUGUAUUUUCAAGCAACAGUCACAGAUGAAGACCAGAGCUCCUUCUCUCCUUUCCCGAAGCCGUCUUUCAGCUCAUUCUCCGCCUCUUUGCCCUCAAAUGGCGUCUCCGCCUUCCUCCAGAGGCCCGGCUCCGAACCAGAGGAAGACGACCCUCCCUCCCUGUCCGUGUCCUCUGGCGCCAAGGAAGAGAAGCGAGGUGAGGACCCGUACCUCCUCUGUGAUGUCGCUGGAGGAGAAGUCGCGGCCGCUGUGAGUGUCAGCUCGCCGCAGGAGGAGAGGAGUCGUAAUGAGGGGCCUCCUUAUCUUAAUCCCCGGGCGCGUGUCGCCCCGAUAGACUCCUCCGCAGCCGAAUGUUUGGCAGAUACUAAAACGCUUGAAUCCAAUAUGGGCGCCGUAAUGACCAAGAUAAGUGUCUGCAGCUCCGCUACAAAUCCCUCAAAAGAGCCAGCCGCCACCGCCACGCGUAUUAAUCCCAAAAUUAACUGCUCGGCGAUGAGAGAGGCAGAUAGGGAGGAGGGGGAGAGGGGAGGAGAAGGGGAUACUCAGCGGGUGAAGCAGGAGGAGAAAGGGAGGAGACGGCGGAGCGGCGUGCAGCAGGAAGCAAAGACAGCAGUGCAGAAACAGGUGAGCUCUCAGUCAGCUGUCCAUCACGCCACCAGGACGGCAGCAGGGUGGAGCCAAGCAUCAGUGAGACCGCCCACCACGAGAACAGGGAACGUCAGAAGACUACCAGUGUUGGGAGCAGGAACCUCCAGGAUCCAGCUCUAAGGGAGCUCUCUCCAUCUCCUCCCUGCUGAGCUGAUCUCUUACCUCCUCCUCAUUUUCCACCUGUUUCCUCCUCUGAGCUCCCGCCACCCCUCUGAGCUUCUGAUCUCCUAAAUCUCACUGCUGAACAGAUUGUCAAGAAACUGGACUGAUCCAGCAGUUUCAGGGUUACCUCACUGAUGAUUUAUUUUUCUGUCUGUUUUUAUAUUUUUACUGUAACAAUGAUUUCAGGGUUGAAGUUGAAGAUCUUGAGUGGUUAUGUUUGAGCCUGAUUUAUGCUUCUGCUUCAAAUCGACACAUCGGUGGCUCAUACCAUCGAGAAUACUGCAGACUUGUUCUUUAAUGUGCCCCUACAUGCAGCUCUGCAAUACUCAACCUAAACACUAGUUGUGCAAUUUCUGUGCUAGUUAUAUCACCAGUUUCUAGUCCUGUCACAUUCUCUGCUUGUUUGUGCGCAAAAUAAGAAACCAUUCUGACUGAACACUGCGUUGGAGCUGUUAAAUAUUGAAAUAAGUGCAACUAUUGCAAAGAAAAGUGAAGAGACAUCAGGUUAGGUGGAAUGUACAGCCACUCAUUUAUUUAAGGCAGAGGACGGGGGAAUUUUUGCACCCCUUUGGCCACUGAGAGAGACAUGGGUGAAGAAAUGCAUGCCUGAUCAUAUCUGGCAAGUAAUGCAUUUGUCUUUGCAGACAUUUACGUUUCAUGAAAUUCCUAGAGGCAUUUCUCAGAGACACCUGAUGCUACCCAGUGGACCAAUCAUAGCGCUUUUGAGGAGUUGCACGCCAGGCUUUGAAGCAGAAGUAUAAAUCAAGCACUAAUUCAUGGGAAAAAUGUUGAAUUUAACUUAAAAUACAGUCCUAACAAUAUAACAAAGAAUGUGUGAGAGGUGAUAGAAAUUGAAUAAUGUAUUAACAUCACAACCAACACCCUUAAAAUUUUGUAAAAUUGAGUAAAUCAAUGAUUUUUAGGAUGCUUAAUCAGUUUUUUAAGCUUAUAAUUCAAUUUUCCCAAACAUUUACUGCACUGUUAAUUAGAAUCUACUGUUUUUUUUUUUUUUAAGUUAGAAAUACUGAAAACUAUUUCUGCAAAUAUCUGAUUUAAUGCAACCCUGAGCUUACUUAUUUUUAAAAGAGUUGAUUUUUUAUGGUUUUUAAAGCAUGUUUUGGGGCAUCACGUUUUAUUUUAAAGGCACAGAAGUCAGUCAAAUUACUCAGAACUCUUCAGGCAGUGGUGCCGACCUGACCUGGGAUCAGCUGGACUUUACAGGUCGUUUCGUGUCACUCUAAAAAAAAGCUAUGCUAGUGUGGUGUAGCACAUGUAGCACUAUACUUCCACCUGGUCUCUGUCUAUUAAUGAUGUCAGUACUCAGACUCACACAUGUAGCUGUGAUAGACGCUCUCCAUACAGUAGAAUAAGCACCAAAAUACAGCCUGCAAGUAUUUAACGUUUAACACUGGAAGUUACCCGUCACAUGGAAUCAUACAGGGAUCCUUUAGAAUCUGUUAUUUUUCCUGUAGGAGUGGGGAACGUUGCCAUUAACAGAUAUAUUCUCAUGAUUCACCAGUGAUUUCUAACUACAUAUUUUUAACAGCCACCUUUUGUGUUACCAUAAUGAUUUUAAUUGAACUUUGUUGUGAUUAAAAGGUUUUUUUUGGCAUUAAAAGCCAAUACAUUGUAUUAAUCUUUAACUGAAGAAGCUUCAUCUUCGUUAAAGCAACUGUAUGAUCAUGACUGGAAAGCAAUACUCUGGAUUUAAGUUUGCUGAGUCAGAAGUUUUGCCAACUAAAGAAGUCACACCACAUACCAACUACUGCUGGUGCACUCCAGUUAAUGUGGGAACUCCUAAAGUCCGAGACCCCUGUUGAAUAAGUUAUCCUGAUUUCUCCUGAAGUCAGAAUUCCAGAUAAGAAACUUCUAGAGUGGAGGAGAUGGCAGCAGUGGACACAGGCCCUCAGUUGUUUAAGUCAGUGAUUCUCAACCUUGGGGUUGGGACCUUAUGGGGGGUCGUGAGACACUGAGAGGGGGUCUCCAAAUGCCUUAAAGCAAACCCAUAAUAUUUCUAAGAAUACACAUUUGCCACUUGACAUCAAUUUUGCCAAAAUUUCACCUGUUUUUAUCAUUUUUCCCCACCAAUUUUAACACGUUUGCCAAUUAAAACCCAUUUUUGUCCAUUUUAGACCCUUUCCACCACUUUUUUCUGCCUGUUUUUGCCACUUUCAAACCAAAUGUUGUCACUUUCUGCUUAUUGUUGCCUCUGUUGACCCAUUAUUGCCUCUAUUAGCCACUUUUUACCACCUUUUUGCCCAUUUGUGCCCAUUUUAACCCCAUUUCACUGUUCAUUAUGGCCGUUUUUUGGCAGUUUAACCCAUUGCUGCCUAUUGUUCUGCCUCAGUUAACCCAUUUUUGCCACUUGUAUUGGCCAUUUUUUUAAUCCCCCUCUACUGAUUUUUAUGCCUGUUUUUGCCACUUUAAUUAAUUUUUGCCAUUUUGUGCUUAUUUUUGCCGCUUCUAACUCAUUUUUGCGAGUUUCAAAAUCCAAUUUCAUCACAUUUCCCACCUAUAUUUGCCAUUUUUCAACCCAUUUUAAUUCUGUUUUUUUAGCAAAGGGAUUUAUAUUUUGAAGAAGGCCACUUACUAUGGCACAAUAGAAUAAAAAAAUGUUUAUUUGAUAAGAGUGGUUGUUAUUCAUGUUAAAAAUGGAUAUCACAGCUUAAUUUUACAAUGGACCGUGCUUUUGCUGACCUCCCUGGUCCACAAGUUUUUUUGGGCCCCAGAAGGCUCUCCCCUUUAUCCCUCUUAUGGGCAGCCUUGUUUGAACAUGACUGUUCUUGAAUGUGCAUGGCUGGAUUCAACCAUCUUCAGGUACAGUGGGGGUCCCCCGUCUCUGGCACCUUUAUUUUGGGGGUCAUGGACUGAAAAGUUUGAGAACCCCUGGUUUGAGUAACACGAGUCAUCAUGGUCAAAGUUACAAGACAGAAAUUCCUUGAAGUUGUCGGUUAAAACUGCUGAGCAAGGCCGAAAUCCAAACUUCUUGAGUAAAAGGAUCCAAGACAGCGUCAUCCUUCCAGUCAGAAGAUGUUUUAUGCAUCAGAUUUUGUCAAGUUUGAAGUAUUGUCUUGAAACUUCUUUCAAUACCUUGAGGGAUUUUAGACUUUCUGGAGGAGUCGGAGAGCCUCUGAAGUAAAGACAAAGAGAUGCAGCGUGGUUGACGGCAAUAUUCUUUAAGCAUUAAUGGUCAGUCACGUUAAGAUGCACCAAAGUUCGCAGCUUUGUAAGUGCAUGAAGACUGUUUGAAUGUAAAGUCUUGUAGAGAUGGGGAAUGGCGUUGAUGCCAUGGUGCAACUCCCCUAAAACAUCUAGUUUGGGAAUGGGACAUUUCAAGGUUCCAGCCAGUGUUGUACCUGUUGAAAGGCUUCUACUUGAGAACUUUCUACUACCAGUCUCCAGCAGCACACUCAGCUUGUUGAAAGUGACCAAUAUGGUGGCAAAUUCAUGGCUCAAAAGACCUUUUUCAGUGGACAGAGGAAUCAGUGAUGAAGCUUGUUGAACAGGGCAUCAUCAGGCACUUUUGGUAGGCACAGCUGGCAUGUUCCUUAUUAAAGUGCAACUUCUUUGUGGUGCAUUUAAUCUCUCAAUUGUCCACAAAAGUGAAGGCUACCUUUACGUACUGUAAGUAUUACCUAAAGGGAAGGAAGUUCUACUGAUGCCAUGAAACCUUUGUGGACUGCUGGUUUUAGGAAAGGCAAGACUUUGUGGCAAUCUUGUGUUUCACCUUUCAGAGUUUAACAGCUACUACUUCAUUGUGGCAUUAUGUCAGAGAGAAGAAGACAUAAUUAGAUGUGUGGUGAAUCCCUUGAGGACCACCUCAAACUGGCAAAGAACAGGGUCUAGCAUUCUUGGAAAGCACAGUAAGUGAAGGCGCCAUAUCCAGCCACAACUUCAUGCCCAUGAGGCCUACCUUAAUGUCCUACUGGGUUUAUCUAGAGGCCUCUGGUGGUAAUGAUGCCACCGGGAAUCAUCUGCAGACCCUCUAUAUCUGGAAGAGCAGGGUCAAGCCCUCUUGGUCAAUCCAGACAAUAAAAGCAGGAUUUUGCAAUGCAAUUGCCGAAACCUACGUUUUCAAACUAUACUGGCCAGUGUUAGUGGGAAGUUGUGAUAAUGCUUGGGGAAUCCAGUCAGGACCACUUUAAUUGUGGAAGAACAGGGUCAAGCAUUCUUGGUAAGCACAGUUGGGGUAUUUUUGAAGUGCAAGUCCCUGAUAAAGCACUUUCAACUUUUAGGUCUUCUGAAAGAAAAAGGAAAUGUUGCUGUUCUCCAUCGUUUACUGACAUUAGGAAUGGCAGGGUCUAGUGCUCUUGGUCGGUCCAGUUGACAACCCCUGGGGCUGGCACUGUGAUGGCCAUUCUACAUUGUCAAACUUUGCUGGCCGUUUUAUUCUUGUAAUUCAAUUGUGUCAGAGGGAAGACGUAGAGAUGAUGCUUGAUAAAGACCAUCUCAGUUCUAAAUAAAGGUGUCAAGCAUUCUUCAUAAGCACAGUCUAUGUAAAUUUGUCAUGCAAAUGCAUGGUUGAAAACUCAAAGUUUUCCAACUUUCAUGUUGCUUAUGCAUACACCAAUAAAUGUAAGUUCAGUCUAUUUCAUUGGAUUUUUGCUAUCAACAUCGACAGUUCCAACUUGUAUGUUCAGGAGAACUACCGUGAUUUAUCUAGAAACAGGAAGUGGUGAUAAGGCAAGGUUAAGAAAUCCUCUUAAAAGCUACUUCUUCAGAGAAGGGCUUGUUCAUCCUGCAAGCGUGCUCCCAUAUGGAGGCUGUGUCCUUUAAAUUAGACACAUCCUGUUGUGACCACGCAUCAUUUUGUCUCCAUCACCAACAGGCUUGGAGAUUCGCCGAUCAGUUACGGGAUAUACUUGCUGCUACGGAUGCCACUGUGCUCCGAAUCGAUAGAAAUACUCUUCAGGACAAAUCUAGCACUACUGGAUUAUAUUGUGAGGCAAACCUUUCCCCUCUCUGCUCUCAGCAGAAUCUGCUACCCGAGGGUUGAAUCAGGUGUCCAAAAAUGUAAGAUGAGAUGAUAUUCUAUCUAUGCAACACGACCAAAGUUGGCGAAAGCUGAAGUGGUGUUGUUGUGUAGAAGUUAAGGUUUGAUGACUGUUGACAGCGACGUGUUGUUAUUAUUACUGAUGUAUGUCUGUACACCACCACUGUACCAUGUAACGUUUCUUUUUUUAUUUUCUAGACUACUUCUGAAAGGAUGGUUAGCGGCAACGCCGGGUUUGGGAUUGGUGUCGAGACAGGCGUGCGUAGGACUAAUUAGGGUUUGAGAUCUCUAAAAUAUAAUUGUGUGCCUUGCUCUACUGUUACUACUUCUACCUUUUUUUGUUAAUUAAAACCACUGCUCUCCCAGUUAGUGAUGAAAACAUGCAACAAAAAAAUACGUGAAGAAACAGACGCUGUUUCAAGCAAGGUUCCAGUUGAGCUUGUGUAUAUAUGUGCAGAGCGAGGAAUGCUUGUUUGUGUUUAUUUAACUCUAAAUGUGACCUGUGAUGUGGAAUAUCUUUACUAUCAUUAGUAUUGGCCAUAAAG